AUGCGGCUACAAGUCCUCAACUACGAGCGUCUAAAGGCCGGGGACAAUGGCGAGAUAGAGAAGCUCGGCCGAGCAUCUCGCAGUGCUGGCGUUUUCUUUUUGGAUCUGCGAGGUCCGAGUACGGAGAAGGUCUUGGCAGACCUGCAGCCCAUUGUCCACGCCCAGCGCAGGUUCUUUGCACAAGAGUCGAAAAUGAAGUUGGGGUACGCGAGCAACCUGGAGAACCAUGGGUACGAUUGUUCAGACGAGACUUGCGUCCAAAGGCUGAAGUUGUCCCGCAGCGAGCAAAUCCGGGGCACACUUGAUUUGCCGGCGGAUUUACGGACUGUCGAAGCCAAAAUCGAGAACGUGGCCUCGUCUGUGGACACCGUUCUCAGAGACCUGUCGACACUACUGUGCGAGUCCCUUGAUCCUCCUGUCUUAACGUCGUCUUUUAACAAUGCCGAAGGUCCUGGACUGAGCAACAUGUGUCUGGGUUUGGCAACUACACCGGCUGGGACAUCACUCAUGGAUUCUCAUUUAGAUGAGGAUCUACUAACCAUUACAUUCUAUGACGAGCCGUUUCUCGAAGUACUCGAGCCCCUAACCGGAGAGUGGAAAGUGGUUGAGGUUCUGGAAAACAUGCCCAUCGUCAACGUCGGCGACAGUUUCCAGCAACUCUCAAACAAUCGUCUGCAUGCGCCGCUCCAUCGCGUCAAACAACCAGACGAAGAAAUCAACCUUAUUAUGUAUGAUCUAUGUCAGGGUGGACAAAACUAA